AUGGCGGCUUCGUCGUCGACAUCAUUCUUUGGAAUCACAGAAGAAAAUCAAAGUCAGAUAACACAUCAUCUUCAUCCUCAAUCCACAACUACUUCUGCUACUUCCUCAGCUCCUUCAACCAUAGUUCCUCAAAAGAAAAGAAGAAAUCAACCAGGAACACCAAAUCCAGAUGCAGAAGUGAUAGCACUUUCUCCCAAGACACUAAUGGCAACAAAUAGAUUCAUAUGUGAGGUUUGCAACAAAGGGUUUCAAAGGGAGCAAAAUCUUCAACUUCAUAGAAGAGGACACAAUCUUCCAUGGAAGCUAAAGCAAAAGUCCAACAAAGAGCCAAAAAGAAAGGUUUAUCUGUGUCCCGAGCCAACAUGUGUUCAUCAUGACCCUUCAAGAGCUUUAGGAGAUCUCACUGGGAUUAAAAAGCAUUACUCGCGUAAGCACGGCGAGAAGAAGUGGAAAUGCGAAAAAUGUUCGAAGAAAUAUGCUGUUCAAUCUGAUUGGAAAGCUCAUUCAAAAACUUGUGGUACAAGGGAAUAUAGAUGUGAUUGUGGCACCCUCUUCUCUAGACGCGACAGUUUCAUCACUCAUAGGGCAUUUUGUGAUGCAUUAGCACAAGAGAGUGUAAUAAGACACCCUAACCCUUUUGGUACUCAUCCUAAUUUCCAUGCCACAAACCACAUGAGUUUAGGUCAAAUUUCUCAUCAAUUGCAACUUCAUCAGAACCAAACAUCAUCCACUAGCAACAACAUUUUACGCCUUGGAUCAUCGGCGCCGAAGUUUGAGCAACACUUAAUCUCGUCACCGCCCUUGAAUCACUCUACUUCGUCAUUUGGACAAUACUCAGUUCCGUCUUCUUCAUCGCCGUUCUUCAAUAUGAGUGAUAUUCCAAAUCAAUCCUUUGAAGAACACCAAGGACAAUUCUCAAACAAACAACAACAGCAACUACAUGGUUUGAUGCAACUUCCUGAUCUUCAAGGAAACACGACAAGUAAUAACUCGAAUAAUCUCUUCAACCUCAUGAAUAACAUUCAUGAUGAUCAAUUCAACAAUAAUCCUCUUAUUAGUGAUCAUCAUCAUCAUCAAUCACUCUUUAUGGUCAACUCAAAUAUGCAUCAUGAUCAUCAUCAAAACCAAAACCAAAACCUGUCUAGUUCUCACAUGUCUGCCACUGCAUUACUUCAGAAAGCUUCUCAAAUUUGUUCAACUAAUUCAACCAACAACAACAAAGGUACUACUACUACUACCACCACCACAUCUUUUGGAAAUAGUUCAAGUAUGGAAUUAAAUGAUCAUAACAACAACGAUGAACUUCACGGAUUGAUAAACUCUAUUGCAAAUGGAAAUGGAAACACAUCCUCCAUAUUUGGCAAUGAAAGUAACCUUAAUAUAGGGUUUGGUGAAUCUGAUAAGUUAACUUUAGAUUUUCUUGGUGUUGGUGGAAUGGUCAGAAACAUGAGUGCUCCUGGAUUUUCACAAAAUCAACAACAACAACAACAUGCCAUGGCUUCUAUGAAUCAUAACCUAAAAUCACCUCAGUCAAGCCAACAUUUUGGAAGCUCAAAUUUGAUGCAAUGA